AUGCCACCGAAGCUGAUCAUGACGUCUCACUGUGCCCUGCCCGCUGAGAUACGUCUCAAAAUUUACGAGAUGCGCCUCGCAGAAUACUUCAAUGCACCUGGGGUCUGCGUAUUCCCAACGCGAUAUUUCGACGGCAGGUUUUGUAAACUGACUUGGGCUGAAGUCCAAGGUGCCAUGAUCAAAACACCCGUUCCUGCCACCCUGCAGAUUGAUUCGGGCGAGAUGCGCUCGCAUCUGCUGCAAUGGCUCGCCAGGGAGAAGGAUAUAUCUCCCAUGGAAAAUGCACCAGUAUUGAGUUUUCCUGACCGGCCCUAUUGCCCCGAGCGUGAUAUCAUUUACUUGGACAACCGCAUUCAGAUUCAUUUGUUUUGCAAGCUUCUGGAGGUGGAAGACCUCGUCGAGCCAGGCAAUGAGAUCCUCGAGUUCGCGAUUAGGGUCCGGCGAGUGGCUAUAGCAGCAUCUGUCCGUCACACCGACAAUCUUCCCCGCUUUCUUGGGGACUUGGAUGAACUUCCUGGGCUUGAAGAAUUGCUGGUUGUCUUCCUGAUACUAGAGCACGGAAAGCUUGAGUAUAUUACCUCAGUGCCAAAGGAGAACCACUCGGCCUACUCUCUAGAGCCCUUGUGCCAAAGCGACCUCGGGAGCCAUCAAAAACAACUCAAGGAAGCUAUUACAAGACUCGACGAGCUCCUGCGGCCGAUGCUAUGGACCCAUGCGAAAGGUCUCAAGAUCACUGCGUGCAAGAUGAUUCCUCGGCCUUAG